CGAGAGGCGAUGGGAGUCCCACCUGUUUCAGGGUUCCCCGACUUGCCGCGGUUCUUCCUCCAUCUGGAUCCUCCGGAAGCUUCAGCUGUGCAUCCUUUGUUCCAGCUUAUCAGGCUUAGCGCGUCUCGCUCUGGAAAUGGAGGCAGCGGCGGCGGCGGGCGAGAGGGUGGUGUUCGCGGAAGAGACGGAGGCCUGGAUGGAUCGAGCCAUAGACAUGGCUAAGGAAGCACUGGGAAAUGGUGAGGUGCCCGUUGGCUGUCUCAUGGUCUACAAUAACGAGAUCAUAGGGAAAGGAAAGAAUGAAGUGAAUGAAACUAAAAAUGCUACUCGCCAUGCAGAAAUGGUGGCAAUUGAUGAGGUGAUAGACUGGUGUCAUCAGCACAAGAAGGACCCCGAGGAAGUAUUUCGGCAUACAGUGUUAUAUGUCACUGUAGAGCCCUGUAUAAUGUGCGCAGCUGCCCUGCGCAUGAUGAAAAUUCCCCUUGUUGUAUAUGGCUGCCAAAAUGAACGGUUUGGAGGUUGUGGCUCUGUUUUGAACAUCUCUUCUGCUACCUUAACAGACACAGGAGAACCAUUUCAGUGCAUACCUGGUUAUCGAUCAGAAGAAGCUGUGGAAAUGUUGAAAACAUUCUACAGACAAGAAAACCCAAAUGCACCAAAAUCAAAAGUUCGAAAAAAGGAGUGCGUUAUAUGAUUAGCUGUGAUGGAAGCUAAACUGGCACAAAUCACCCAAAGGCUUCUGUGAUGCUUUCCUUCCCUUGGCUUGUUAAGCGCUAAGAUGUAGAGAAAGUCAUUUCGGUUCCUCUGUAGGAUUUUAUAAUGUUUCUUUUAAAAGCGUCAAUGAUAUCAAAUGAUCGAAAAAGAAAACGUAAAAUGUUUGACCUUUUCUUAGUGAAAAAAGUGAGACGGGAAAGAGCACCUUCCACAUAGAGUCGUUCAGAACGUUCAGAAUCUUAUUUUAAUCCAUACCAAUUCUGAACUAUAUUAAGUGUGACUUCCUUGGCAUCCUUUGGUAUGAGAGGUGUAGCUUGCCCUGAACCAGAGCUCUGAUGACAGUUAUGUUUGGACCAGUAGCGUACACAAUAGUCUGCAUACUUUGAUUUCUGGCAGGCCACUGGGAGCCCUUGGGUUUUCAGUAGCAUGCUAAAAUCUGUUGCUCUCCAAGGUCUCUGUGGUCAGUCAUCCUGAACCUCAGGACUGCCUCUGUGUACAGCACUGCCCCCUGGGAGUGGCUGCCUCAAAUCCUCUCAUAAGAACUUGUCCUGUAAGGUCUUGCUUAGCAUAUUUUUACCCUACCCACUUUCUUCAGGAUAGGUGUUGCUGAUGUGAUGGUCAUGCUGAGGGGAUAGAAAAAUAAUCUCAUACACCCAAAAAACCUACCUAUUAAUGCCUGGCAUUUCUAAUAUUUUACUGAAUGAAGAAUAGUAUGUCUAUAGGAGGUUACAAAUGGGACACUUAUCCAUAAAUGCUCUGACUCUAACCAGAGCUACAAAACUGUAUAACAUUUAUGGUGGGUUGGAUCCAUCAGAAAAUUUCUGCUAAGCGAAUGGGAGAUGAUUUUCACCAGUUCCCUCUUCCCACUGUAAUUGGACAAUUCCCCCCUCCUCAGUUCCUUCUCCCCCAGGAACAGCAUUUCUGGGAUCACUUCUGGCUGCAGCAGGAGGGGGAGGUAAGGAAACCCUGAUCUGGUGUCACAAAUCCCUUUUGUCAACAGAGCCUUUUCUACAGGAUCCAAGCCAGUUUCCCAAGCACGUUUGUAACUUGCAUUAGUGAAUUACAAUGUAGCUAGUCAUUUUGCCCUUUCUUUAAUAUGGUUGCUUGGCAUAAAGGCAGUUCUUAACACUGACAUCCGCUAUACUUCUCCUAAAUGACCAAAAUGGAAACAACUUGCUGUAACGCAGCAGGGCAACAGUGGUAAGGAAAACCAAGGACCAAAUUAGAGUUGAUACUUGCAGUUUCAUUGUGGUGUUCCUCAAAUGUAGUAUGAUUAUGGUCCAGAAGAGGGCCCUGCUGUUCCAGUAAUGAGCAACUUGGGGAAUUCUGAACUGAACUCUUAUUCUUCAAGAAUGUGCAUGCCAAGCAACACCCUCCCCCCCCCCAAAAAAAA